AUGCUUAAAAAAAAUGUUAAACUAAACUGUAAAAAAUCCAAGAAUAAAUUUAUUAAAGUAAAUAAUAAAUUUAUUAAUAAAUUGAGUAAUAAAGUUGUAAAGGGGAGUAACAAAGUUGUGAGGGGGAGGAAGGAUGUGAAUGAGAUAUUCAUACCCACUCUGCCCUUUCCCAGUAUUCUCCUAUGCAUACACAAUUCUAAACCUCUAACACUACUCACAGAGGGGAAUCUAAGGAGUAAUACUGAGGAAACUACUGAUUCUGUGGACACAAUGGAGAGAGAAUUGGUAUUGGAGAGAGAAUUGGGAGUAUUGAAUGUGUUUAAUGGGAUAUUAAGGAUUGGUAUCAUGAACAAGAGGCAGAUACUGAGAUUAUUUAAGCUGAGUGACGAUUUUUCGGUCAAUUUUACGCUGAACAAUUUGCUCGGACUACUUAUCCAAAACGUCAUUUCAAACCUGUCAAACUAUAAAUUACACAGGAAAAUUUACCUUGAAAGUUACAAUUCUGAGGAUUUCUCACACUACACACUCGCACUCGAUGACUCGCUCUUCAGCCUCCUCGAUACACACUCACUCUCCCAACACUUCUCACAUCUCAAUAUUAAUACCACAGACACUAUUGACACUGUAGACACUAUGGAUACUGUUGAUACUGUUGAUACAGGGGACACAGGGGACACAGUAGAGAACACUGAGAACACUGAGAACACAAUAGAUACGUGGGAAGUGAAGUUUGGAGAGUGUUUGGGAGUUGAUGAGAUGUAUGAGAAUUUGAUGAGUGGUAGGUUGUGUGACGGCAGUGAGGCCGACUUUGAGAAGUUUAAAACUGCAAUUCUAACUAACAAGUACGACUUCAUCUCGCCCAAAUUCAUUAAUCAAAUUGUCAAUCUCUUAUAA